AUGCUCCGAAGGCUAGACCGUCCAAUUCAACAACGGUUGUCGCGGUCUUCGCAGGUCUUUCUGAAGGACUCGCCUUCGAAGCCCGCAAAGGCAGGGUCCUUCGAAGGAUGCAGACCCUGAAUUGAGACACAGCCACUGAUUGCAUACGGCGAAAUGUGACCGGAUGUAGUGGGACAUCCUGGUACUUUUGGCAUACUAAAUAGCAAAGAAGUAUGGGUAUUGAACCGGUGGAACAUUUGUCGGCGUGGACACGGGACUAUAGCUGUGAAAACGUCCAUUUGUAAAUUUCAGGAUGAGUAUGGAAGCCUGGUACAUGGAUACAUCUGUUGAAGACCAGAAAAAGCCUCACAGACUGAACCCAAAUGAGCCCGUUUCACUGGACGAAUUAAAAAAACUUGGGGUCUUUCAUUGGAAGCUGAACACUGAUAUCUAUGAAUCAGACCCAGAGCUGGAGCAGAUCCGUAGAGAGCAAGGCUACUCCUAUAUGGACAUAAUCACUAUUCACCCGGACAAACUACCCAACUAUGAAGAAAAGGUGAAGAUGUUCUUUGAGGAACACCUGCAUUUGGAUGAUGAGAUUCGCUACAUCCUGGAUGGCCAGGCCUACUUUGACAUCAGGGACAAAGAGGACAGAUGGAUCCGCAUUGCCAUGAAAAAGGGGGACCUGAUCAGUCUGCCAGCUGGCAUCUACCACCGUUUCACUGUGGAUGAGACUAACUACACCAAGGCCAUGAGGCUGUUUGUGGGGGAGCCAGUAUGGAAAGCUUACAACCGCCCCGCUGAUGACUUUGAAAUCCGCCAGGAGUACGUGGCUUCUCUGCAGGGAUCCUGAGAUGAGAGGGAGCUCCAGUGCACAACACUAACAGCAAAGUGGAUAUAACCACUAUUUGUACUAGACUGAGGGCUACUAAUAUGAUUAGACUUGUAUAAUGCACCGAAAUGAUCUUUAGUGGUGAAUGAAAUGAUGGAGCCUACUUUAGUAUUAUAUAGGUUAAUACAUUGGAAUAGUCAUGAAAUAAUAUGUAACUGAUAUAUAAUUAUUUAAAGGGGACAUUUACCAUAAGUUGUUCUACUUCUGAUUCCUGAGCAUAUUCCAUAUGUAAUUUCAUUUCAGUAAAUGUUUGAGUCCAGGACUCAUAAUGGAACCUUAUUUCCUUUACCACAGGACAUUGUACAGUGCCUUAUUCUCUUUAAUCAGUUGUAUUUGGUGCCAUACAUGCCCUCAACAGCAUGUUCUAUGAAUGACUGUUGUGCAACUACUUCAUUUUUUAUUUUUCUUAAUUUCAUGUUCAUAUAUUUCUGAAACACAGGUGAAGGAUGUGACUUGAUCACCCUGUGCUAAUGAGCUGGAGCCUGUUUGACAGAUUCAGUUACAGUUUUUGUUCUAUGAAAAAUUAAGAUGAUCUUUCCAUUAAAUCAGACAAGUUGCUUCAUUUAGGAUAAAACAAAAUUUUAUUUUUUAAUAAAUAUGAUUGAACACAACAUGUUGCCAGUAAUAAUUCAAGAUGAAUAAGGACAACACAUACGUUUUUACAGAGAUUUUUGAUGAUGAUCAUUUUAAAUGGAAAGAAACCCCCAUCAAAUUCUGAUAUGUACAAUUUUGGAUUCUAAUAAUUACAUUUUUGUUUAUUAGACAGGAUAAUCUGAACUGUUUGUUUGUUUGUUGAUUUAAUCUAUACUGUGUGAUUAGAAUUUCUUUCAUAAAAAAACAGUUUGACAUUU